CCACAUGUUCUUUGUGCAUUCAGAUUCAAGGAUUGGAGUUUUGAGUACUUUGUUGAUGAGUACUACAAAAAGGAAAAGUACCUUCAAACUUAUGAAACAACACUAAAAUGCCUAAGAGGGAAUGAAGUGUUGAGGAAGAGGCCAAAAGGAGGAUGUUUGCCACUCAAGAUGAGAUCAAUGUCAAGGUGCCCUAAAAGGAAUAGAAGAAAAGCAAAGGACGAGUCUAAGAAAUUUAAGAAGGGGAAAUUGAUCAAGUUGUCAAAGUAUGGAUUUGUGUACACUUGUAGAGUGUGUGGUGAACAAAGGCACAACAAAGUUGGAUGUCCAUACAAAGACAAAGAAGAAGCAGACCCUAAUCAAACCAAGGCAACUUUGCUAUUGCACUUUAUUUGUGCAAUGCUAUUGGUAUUGUCAUCAAUGAAGGCAGAGAGGAAUCCAGAAAAAAAUCCAAGUAGAUGCAUAACAAAUAAGGUUCAAAAGGAAAGGGGAAGGAGAAGGCUUGAGAAAGCCUGAAGAUUGGUUUAUGAUGGCAUGAUUACUUUUUUGUUUAUUGGCAUUGUAUACAAUUACUGAUUUGGCUUUUAGUGUUUUACUAUUAUUUAUGUAUGAAAAUUGUAUUUAUGUACUAUUGUGAACAAGCUUAUUUUGGUAUUAUGCUUAUGUGUUUCUGAAUAACCUAUUGGUGCUAUG